AUGGAUUUGUCAGGGAAGUAUUCAGACUUAAUCAACGACGAUUCCUUGAUUAACGUCCUAAAUGAGCUGGACGAAAUCGACGCAGACGACGGGAAUCAGGGGAAGCACGAGGAACAGAAUCUUCCACUCGGUGAUGAGAACUUGAAGGCCCAUACACUGAGUAUAAACUCAACGAGAUAUGAUUCGGAUAGUUCUUCAGUGGCUUUGGGCGAGGAGCAGUACGGGAAACAGCCGAAACAGUGGCUGUCGUAUCAAAAGAAAUUUGAACUACACAUUUCGAAAACACUCAGCCCGCUGGUCAGAUACAUGGUUGAGUCUAAAGUGUUUAUCGGUAAGUAUGGAAAUUGCGAUAGAUUGGACUCUUUAGAUGGGAAGCAUGUGUGCUUUACGAAUAAGAAGUCGUACCUGGAGCACCUGAUAAAUGAAACCGUGGAGGCGUACAGAAACAAUUGGAAACGAGUUUACAGCUCAGUGUACCACGGAUCUCAGGAGAUGACGAGCGAACAGACGGAGGCGGAGAAGGGGAGCUCGUUUGAGGACGAGGACAAGGAAAAUCUGAACGUUUACAAGGGGCUGUCGUCAUUUGACAUGAACAGCUUCGCUAGGUCGACGAGCGUGCUGUCAGGAUGCGAGGUUGAGGCGGAGACGACGCAGGAGGGAACUGCGAACGAGGUGUUCGUGGAGAGUGGCUGCAGGCACGAGUUGGUGGAAGUACUGUAUGAAAGAGGAAUGGAGCAGUUCUACGACCUGCUGGACUUCCUUUUGAGACUUAUGCAGAGCACGAAGUACGACUACAAGGCGGUGCAGGCGAUGGAUCUGCUGACAACGAUUCUGAAGCUGAUGCCGGAGUUGUCAGUUUUGCUGGUGACUCCAAUAAAAAAGGACUCGAAGCUGCUGUGCAAGGGAAAGUGCUACUUUAAGUAUUUGGUGGACAAGUUGAAGGUGAGGUUUGGGUUAAAUGAGGGCACAGUGUUGGAGGUGUACAAAAGGUUUCUGAAGCAAGAAUUUGUGCCCUUUUAUAUGAGUAACCCGUACAGCAGUUGCGACGUUGGCGGAGAAAAGUUGGAGGAGAAGGAUAUGGAGACGGACAACGAAAACGGGCAGACUCCGGAGAGGAGAAGAAGGAACGAGUUGGCAGUGGUGUACGCGUUGGACAGACUGAUAAGCCUUGUGGGAGUGCUGAGUGAAAGACUGUUCGAGUUCACGAACAUGAAGAUGGAGGAGGAGCUGAGAAGCACGCUCCUGAAGAAGGUGAAGAAGUACCUCUUCCUACCGGUGCUGGGCGUGGGAAUGCUGCACGAGCUGUUCCUGCCCUUCUCAGGAGACUUCAGAUUCGGAGAGGUGAGGAGAGUGGGCUACAGAAGCCUCAUCGCAAAGUAUCUGUACACGCCGCCGCCGCUGUACACACUGAGGCUGCGAGUGCUGGAGGUGCUGGAGAUGCUGACGGGCUCGGACCUGGUGAAGUACAGAGGCAACUUCCACAGAGCUAACAGGAGACUGACGGAGGCGGACUCAGUCUCGGGCAAGGCGCAGAAGGUGGACAGGGUGCUGGUGAACCACCUGCACCUGCUGAGUUUCGGAGCCAGCUUUCUGCUGAUGGGCGAUUUCCUGAAGAGGAGCGUGGAGACCCCGGAGGCCUUCUUCGGAACCUACCUCGCGCUAAUGCCGCACUUCAGAAUCAACUUCGCACAGAUGAACGACAAGCUGGUCGUGGAGGAGAACGUGUACAGGAUGCAGAGGAGCGCCCUGACCGUCCUCUCAAACUUGAACGAUACCGGCGUUUUCACGAACGAGGACUUCAUGAACAUCAGGUGCGCGAACCUUACGCAAAGUAACGCGUUGAAGCGGAUGCUGUCGCUGGUGGUCCAUUACGUGUCAAACACAACUGAAGCGGAAAUGGAGGAGGCGGAGAUGGACCUGAACGUUGACAACGAGUUCAACAUCCACAAGGCGGCGGACCAGAGCUGCAGCAAGUACUGCGACCUAAUAGUGCCGUACAACGCCAGCACGAUCGCAACGUACCUGAUGAACGUAAACAGCAGGCAGGAGAGAAGAGUAAGUGGCAUUGGCAAUGUAACCAGCGGUGGCGACUGCAUAGUGUACGAGAAUAUGAAAGUAGAUGAGUACAUUGGGGAUCAGAACGGAGCUGAUAGACGCGAAAGAGGUGGCAGAGGCGAUAGAAACCACGGGAGCCAGAAGAGCUACUCAAUAGAUGGCGAUUUUGGCUAUGACGACGACGGUAGUAUGUUUCACUACAACGACUUCGGGAAGCUGAGCACCAUGCAGGUGGAUGUGUGCAUCUACGAGGAGUUUGACAAGAUCACGAGGCACGCGUUGAACCCAGCCUCAUACUACAUGCCGCUGGAGUACUGCAGAGAGGUGAAAUACAAGUUGAGUGAUAGGCCGCUGCUGGAGUUUAGAAAGAGGCCUACCAGCAGCGGCAAUAAAGCAGGUGGCACGCGCACCGGUAGUGUGCUGCUGACGAGCAACGGCUUCUCAAUCCACACCGACUACGUACGCAGUGAACGGUCGAGCGUCAACAGCGUGAUUAACAGGGAGAGCACGAUUGAAGUGGACGAUAUGAUGGUCCACUCCGACGACGAUACCACAAACAGGGAGGACUCGAUGGAAAGGAGGCCCUCCGAGGACUGCGGCCACGUGUGCCUGUUGAAGAAGCACAUGAUCUGCGAAAGUCGCUUAAAGCACGUUCUGCAACUGAGGAAGCAGCUUGUCGUGCAGCUACUGGAGGCGCUGUCGACUCACCCGCCGGAUAAACUAGGGGAGCUAGAGCCACUGUACAGCUCCUUUGUAAUGAAGUUAAUGUACUAA